AGCAGUGGAUUGUCCCUCUUGUGUUCCACUAUGUCUUCUUGCCUCCUUCCCUUCAGGUGACUUCCUGGUAGGGAGUGAGGAGAGGGACCGAGCGAGCGGGGGAGUGGAGACGAACGGAACGGUGCCACCGCCGAGGCUCCAUCCACCUCUACCUCUAUUAGCACCAGGGGCUGGCAUUUUCGCGUCGCUACCUCGCUUCUUUUAUCCCACAUCUCCCCCGGAAUAGCUGCCGUUCGUGGGAUAUUGCCGCGAUAUCGUUGACAGGCAGCCCGUUUGAAACCAUGAGUGUCGAGGCGUACGGGCCGAGCUCGCAGACUCUAACCUUCCUGGACACGGAGGAAGCGGAGCUGCUGGGAGCGGACACCCAGGGCUCCGAGUACGACUUCACCGACUUCACCCUGCCGAGCCAGACCCAGACCCAGACCCAGGGCCAGACCCAGAGCCAGCUAGACAGCCAGGUCAAUGGUCCUGACGGUGUGCUGCAGAAUGGAGACGACCCUGUGGUGAAGGCCAGUCAGCUGCUGGCUGAGCUGAACUUUGAGGAGGAUGAGGAGGACACCUACUACACCAAGGACCUCCCCGUGCAUGCCUGCAGUUACUGUGGGAUUCACGACCCAGCCUGCGUGGUCUACUGCAACACCAGCAAGAAGUGGUUUUGUAAUGGCCGCGGAAACACAUCUGGCAGCCACAUCGUAAACCACCUGGUGAGGGCAAAGUCCAAGGAGGUGACCCUGCAUAAAGACGGUCCUCUGGGGGAAACCGUUUUGGAGUGCUACAACUGUGGCUGUCGCAACGUCUUCUUGCUGGGAUUCAUCCCCGCCAAAGCAGACUCUGUUGUGGUGUUACUGUGCAGGCAGCCAUGUGCCAGCCAGAGUAGCUUGAAAGACAUCAACUGGGACAGCUCACAGUGGCAGCCCCUCAUCCAGGACCGCUGCUUCCUCUCUUGGCUGGUCAAAAUCCCUUCAGAGCAGGAGCAGCUCCGGGCCCGUCAGAUCACCGCGCAGCAGAUCAACAAGCUGGAGGAGCUCUGGAAGGAAAACCCCACUGCCACCUUGGAGGACCUGGAGAAGCCCGGAGUAGACGAGGAGCCUCAGCACGUCCUGCUUCGCUACGAGGACGCCUACCAGUACCAGAACAUCUUCGGUCCCCUUGUGAAGCUGGAAGCUGACUAUGAUAAAAAACUCAAAGAGUCACAGACACAAGACAACAUCACAGUCAGAUGGGACUUGGGGCUCAACAAGAAGAGGAUUGCUUAUUUUACCCUUCCCAAGACAGACUCUGAUAUGAGACUGAUGCAGGGAGAUGAAAUUUGCCUCAGGUACAAAGGAGACCUGGCUCCUCCAUGGAAAGGCAUUGGACACGUCAUCAAAGUCCCAGAUAACUAUGGUGAUGAGAUCGCCAUAGAGCUCAGGAGCAGUGCUGGGGCUCCAGUGGAGAUCCCUCACAACUUUCAGGUUGACUUUGUAUGGAAGUCCACUUCCUUUGACAGGAUGCAAAGUGCCCUGAAGACAUUUGCUGUGGAUGAGACUUCGGUCUCUGGUUAUAUUUACCACAAACUGUUGGGACAUGAGGUGGAGGAUGUAGUCAUCAAGUGCCAGCUCCCCAAACGCUUCACCGCUCAAGGUUUACCUGACCUCAACCACUCCCAGGUGUACGCUGUGAAGACUGUGCUGCAACGGCCCCUCAGUUUGAUCCAGGGUCCUCCUGGAACAGGGAAGACGGUCACCUCUGCCACCAUUGUGUACCACCUGGCUAGACAGGGCAAUGGGCCAGUGCUGGUUUGUGCUCCCAGUAACAUUGCUGUCGACCAGCUGACUGAGAAGAUCCACCAGACGGGGCUCAAGGUGGUGAGGCUGUGUGCUAAGAGCAGGGAAGCCAUAGACUCACCUGUGUCCUUCCUGGCUCUGCACAACCAGACCCGUAACAUGGACAGUAUGCCAGAGCUGCAGAAGCUCCAGCAGCUGAAGGAUGAGACUGGAGAGUUGUCCUCUUCGGACGAGAAGCGCUACAGAGCUCUGAGACGCACGGCUGAGAGGGAGCUGCUCAUGAAUGCUGAUGUGAUCUGCUGCACAUGCGUCGGAGCAGGAGACCCUCGUCUCGCCAAGAUGCAGUUCAGAUCAAUCCUGAUUGAUGAGAGCACUCAGGCCACUGAACCUGAGUGCAUGGUUCCUGUUGUCCUGGGGGCCAAGCAGUUGAUUCUGGUGGGGGAUCACUGCCAGCUGGGACCAGUGGUGAUGUGUAAGAAAGCGGCUAAAGCAGGACUGUCUCAGUCUCUGUUUGAGCGUCUUGUAGUUUUGGGGAUCCGGCCGAUCCGUCUGCAGGUCCAGUACCGCAUGCACCCGGCCCUCAGCGCCUUCCCCUCCAACAUCUUCUACGAGGGCUCCCUGCAGAACGGAGUCACUGCCGCUGACCGUGUGAAGAAAGGCUUUGACUUCCAGUGGCCACAACCUGACAAGCCCAUGUUCUUUUAUGUCACCCAAGGCCAAGAGGAAAUUGCUAGCUCUGGAACAUCAUAUCUGAACAGGACUGAGGCAGCCAAUGUGGAGAAAAUAACCACGAGGUUGCUAAAGGCUGGAGCUAAACCUGAUCAGAUUGGCAUCAUCACCCCUUACGAGGGACAGAGGUCCUACCUGGUCCAGUACAUGCAGUUCAGCGGCUCCCUCCACACCAAGCUCUACCAGGAGGUGGAAAUAGCCAGCGUGGAUGCUUUCCAAGGCAGAGAGAAAGACUUCAUCAUCUUGUCAUGUGUGAGGGCCAAUGAGCACCAGGGCAUCGGCUUCCUCAAUGAUCCCAGACGUCUUAACGUGGCACUCACCAGGGCCAGGUACGGCGUGAUCAUUGUGGGAAAUCCCAAAGCCCUGUCCAAGCAGCCUCUGUGGAACCACCUGUUGAAUUACUACAAGGAGCAGAAGGUCCUGGUUGAAGGUCCCCUGAACAACCUGAGGGAGAGCCUCAUGCAGUUUAGUAAACCUCGCAAGCUGGUCAACACCAUCAAUCCCGGCGGUCGAUUCAUGAGCACCGCCAUGUAUGAUGCCAGGGAGGCCCUCAUCCCCGGGUCAGUUUAUGAUCGCAGCAGCAACGGGCGUACGUCCAACAUGUAUUUCCAGACCCACGACCAGAUCGGUAUGAUUGGCACGGGCUCCGGUCCCAUGUCCUCCAUGAACCUCCCCAUCCCCUUCAACCUCGUCAUGCCUCCUAUACCUCCGCCCGGGUACUUGGGACAGGCGAACGGCCCCUCUGCGGGUCGUGGCGGAGGUAUGAAGGGCAAGUCGGGCAGCGGAGGAGGCGGGGGGACCAGAGGUGGACGUCAGAGGAACCGCGGCAUGGGGAACAGUGGCGGGAAUGGAGCGGACCGCGGGGGCCACAUGACCGGCAGCCAGGCCAGCCAGGACCAGAGCUCUCAGCCGUUCUCCCAGGGGCCUCUGACGCAGGGCUACAUCAACAUGAGCCAGCCGUCUCAGAUGAGCCAGCCAGGCCUCUCCCAGCCCGAACUCUCCCAGGACAGUUACCUAGGAGACGAGUUCAAGUCCCAGAUUGAUGUGGCUUUGUCCCAGGACUCCACCUACCAGGGGGAGCGGGCCUACCAACAUGGUGGUGUGACUGGACUGUCCCAGUACUAGACUCUUGCUGGAAAGGAGCUAGCCCUGUGUGGAGCUUAGUUCAUUGGUAUUUUAAUCUGGGUAAUAACAAAAAAGAACAAACAUGGAUACCCGUUUUCCACUGCUACAACCGAAGCACCACUGUGUGAAAGUAACAGGAGAGAGACCGUGAGAAACCAACCAAUCACAAGAGUGAGAGCAAAAAUGGGAGUAGAGCUGAACAGGAAGAGAGCAAGACGGAGGGAGUGGGAGGCUGGUGGAGGAGAGAAGGCGCUGCUGCUCACGCGCGAAGUCGUGGCGAAGGAGAAGGCUGUCGUCCUUGGAGCAUCGCAGCUGGAGAGGCGAGACCUUCGACGGGUCGAUAAGGGGGAAAGAUCUGAGCAAAUUCUGGAGGGAGGGAAAGGGGGCGACUGUGUCAUCUUGUCCCUCGCGUGCCCCUGAACCCUCUGGGGUCUCCAGGCGGUAUGGUUGAGAACCUUGCUCCAGCAGCUGAGAAAGGUGGAGAAAAGGUGUCUCACGCAAAAGUCCUCCAAGCAAAACUCAACAGGACGUCUUCUGUGACUUGGAGAGAGAACGAAAAUAAACAGAGGCACAACUCUUGAAGCAGUUGAUAUGGCAACUUUUUUAAACUCAAAGCUUGAAUCGAGGCUCUGCAUCUGAUCACGACUAAGCAUCCAGGAGAAAUGUCCGGCAUUUCAAGUGAACUCAAAAGUGCUUGCUGUGCUGUGCCGCGCCUCAGCGAGCUUCUCGCAGAAAACUGAGGAUCACACAGUCACGGGUCACUUGCUUUUCUUUCUCAGCUUUGAGUUGGAAAGUUUUCUAAAUUAAGGCUGUUUUCAUUGAGGUUUUUAGUGACGUAAGCUAGUGUAGUUGGCCGUCUUUCAAGGCAGGUCUUUCUCUAGGUGGUCUGCAAUGAACAAGUGGUGGAAUUAGCUCUUAAAACUACAAAAAGAAAAACAUUGUUGUCUCCAGAUCUGCAGAAAGUGAGACAAUGUUGUUUUUUUGUUCUUUUAUGUCUCUUUUUAGUCGUGCAAAAGGAUGAGUGAAAGCACCAUAACCAGCUUACAUGUGAAUGAAGCCUUCAUUCUUUUCUGCUGACCCCAAAAGCCACUGAAGCUGGCAGAUAGAAACCAUCUGGAGCACAUGUAGCUGAACGCUGCUAAUAAGCCAAAUGAAGAGGGUAUAGUUCACCCUGAAGUCACAUGUGACAUGCAGACGGAGCAUUUAUAAUCAGGAUAAACGCCUGAUGGUCACAAUAAAGUGAGAGAUGAGUUUAUGAGAGGAGUGGUGAGUUUUCAUACUUGUUGAGGAGUACUUGGCUACUCAUUAAGAAGGACGAUGGAAACUCCUCUAAGGCCCCAUCUAAGUACAACCUUUCACCUUGUUGGAUUCUGGUGAAAGUUAUUGAUAUGUGGAAAUGUUUCUAGUUAGAGUUCAUGUCCUGGGUGUUAAAUCUGGCAUAGAGACACCUCAAAGUCAACUACAUGGUAACCCAAAUGUAUGUAAGUAGGGCUUAGUUCUUUUUCUUUCUCUAGUUUUUCUUGUCCUAAGGUCUAGAUAGGCUUUUAGAAAAAUAGAAAACUGUCAGUGCAUUUAUGUUGGGGGCUCGUUUUAAAUAGUCUUACUGAACACUAGAAAUCUUUGUGUCAGCCUUGCUCAUGUCACAUUAGUGACUAGUUUGCAUGUGACUUGUGUCGGUGUGUCUCACAAAGCGCUGCUUUUAUUUAAUUUGUGUGUUCGAUCCCUAAUCCUGAAAAGCACCACCUCACCUUUGACCUACAGCUUCCUAGGAUGAGUUGUAACGCUGUUGACACGGAGCACUUGAUGAACAUAUUCUCUACUAAGUUAUUUCUAUGUUUUGAAUCUCACACUAAUAAAUUAUCCCACACGUUAAAUUAAUAUUUAUUCCCCCCUUUCUGUAUAUUACAGAUUUUCCCUUUAAAUUAUUGUCAUGAUUUCUAGCUAGAAGCGUCGGUUCAUAAGCAUACAAACAUUAACACUUUAACUCACACGUAUAGUUUUGCACGUCUCAUGACUCGAGGGUAACUUUUUGAGUUGUUUUCCUUCUCUGUACUUGCACCAUGGUGAUGAUCUUAUUUGGUUUGUCACUGUUAAAAAACUGAAAAUGAAGAUGUUUUGUGUUUGCCACGAGGCUGCACCGCCUUGGUUUUUCUGCCCGCUGACUGAUGUUGGUAGUUAGACAAAAAAAAACUGUGCUCACUAAUGUUCUCCUGUUAAUAAUCCUGGAAAAUUAAAGUUUGCUUCUUUUUGCUCAUUGCA